CCGCUACGUGUACUUAGGCCGCUACGUAUUCUUGGGCCGCUACGUGUACUAAACGAGUUUUGAUAGCGCGACCCCAAGACCGUAAGCCCGAAUAAGAUUGACGGCGGGCCAAGUCCCUCAAGACAAAGUUAGGCCCGGGCCCGGCACGAUGAAGAUACUGGAGCGGUCGCACGUCAUCCUCCUGGUGGGAGGAGCGGCGGUGGGGCUCAUCAUAGGGGUCCUGGUGGGCCACGUCGCCACGUCUGGCAACGACGCCGCGGGAGCCGAAAGCUUGGCCUUCACGGCGGACCAGUUCGACCUGGACGAGCGUCAGGGCAGCGGCCGCGGAUCCCGAGAACUUCUCAGGCUCAUCAGCGCUGAGAAUAUCGGCCAGAACUUACGGGAACUGACGAAGGGCCCUCACGUGGCGGGGGGAGCUCGGGACGAGGAGUUGGUCCGGUGGCUGCAGCGGAAAUUUCUGGACUUCGGCUUCGAUGACGUCAGCGUUCCUGCAAGGGAAUAUCUCUUGUCCCACCCCGACCCCCUCAACCCAAACCUGGUGCGGCUAUACGACGGCGAUAACACAACGAUAUUCACAUCAUCCCACAAGGAACUUCCCCUUCACCCCGGCGACGAGCACCCCGAGUUCUCCCACGCCUUCAGCGCUUACACCCCUCGAGGGGACGUGUGGACGGCCGUGGGAGAGGCGGCCGUUUACGUCAACUACGGCAGCCUUGAGGACUUCGCUCGUUUGGCUGACCUAAACGUGACCGUAAAAGGCCGUAUUGCCAUCGUGCGCUACGGAAAACUUUUCCGUGGCAACAAGAUCACGCAUGCCGCUCAGUACGGCGCAAUUGGCGUGAUCCUUUUUUCGGACCCCAGCGACGUGGCGAGGGAAGGACAAAAACCUGAAGAUGUUUACCCUUACACCCACUGGCUGCCAGGGACGGGGAUUCAGAGGGGAACGACUCUGAUGGGGAGCGGAGACCCCCUCACCCCGGGGUGGCCUUCAACCGACACAGCUUACCGCAUCCCCAAGGAGGACGCAGGACUCCCCACCAUCCCCGCUCAGCCUAUAGGAUACGCGGACGCCAGGAGGAUACUGGAAACCUUAGAUGGCCCCGCUGCUCCCCAGGAGUGGCAGGGGGGCCUCGAGGGCCUCGUAUACCGCCUAGGCCCCACCAUGAGGCCAGAGUUUGCCACUCAUCGCCUGCGCCUCACCAGCAACAACAACGAAGUCGUCGUCAAGUCCAGCAACGUCAUCGCCACCCUCAAGGGGGGCGUGGAGCCUGAGCGGUACGUGUUCGUGGGGAACCACCGGGACGCGUGGGGCUACGGGGCCAGCGACCCCUCCAGUGGCACGGCCCAGCUGGUGGAGACGGCCCGGGUGCUGGGCCAGCUGGUGGAGGGGGGAUGGCGGCCGCGCAGGACCAUCGUCCUGUGCUCGUGGGGCGCCGAGGAGUUUGGCCUCAUCGGCAGCACCGAGUGGGUCGAGGAGCACGAGAUGCAGCUGGCCCAGCGGGCCGUGGCCUACAUCAAUACAGACACGUGCGCCGCAGGGCCUUACUUACAUCUGAAGGCCUCACCGCUGCUCUGGGGCCUCAACCUUAAAGUCACCGCCAUGAUAACCACCUCCUUCCACAGGCAGCAGACACUGGGUUCAGGCAGCGACUACGCAGCGUUCUUGUUCUACCUCGGCAUACCUGCACUAGAUUUGCGGUUCCGGGUGAACCAGGCGGAGCACUCCGGGAGGUACCCCACGUACCAUACGGGGUACGAUACGUACCACAUGCUGGCCAAUCUCACGGACCCGGGCUUCCGUGUUAUACANAUUCCAGAGUAUCUCACGGCAGCCGUGGACGAGCUCGUCGUAGCUACGCAGCGCUUUGAAGAGUCGCUUAAGGAGCAGCGUCGUAUGUCAGCUAUGCGGGUGCGGUUUGUCAACGAGCAGCUGAUGGCCCUGGAGCGAACCUUCGUCCUGCCCAGAGGACUGCCGGACCGUCCCCUCUACAGACACUCUGUGUUCUCGCCACCACGAUGGGAUGCGUACGCGGCCGCCGGGUUCUCUGGACUCAGUGACCUCCUGCACGACUACGACGAAAACGACGCUGCCAGAAAAUCGCAAGCGUUCUGGCAACUACCACUAACAGAUGAGAGCUCUGUGCCCGGGGUACGCGAUGCCGGCAAGUCGCUGCUCGACGAGUGGAUCGAGCACGACAAACUCAAGUACCCCGACGCUGCCGAGUACCCCGU